AUGGCCAAAAUUAGUCAAGACGUUUCAUCAUCUCGUUCAAAAGCUAGAAAAGCUUACUUCACUUCAUCAUCAAUUGAAAGAAGAAGAUUAUUAUCAGCUCCAUUAUCAAAAGAAUUAAAAGAACAAUACAAUAUUAAAUCCUUACCAAUCAGAAAAGAUGACGAAGUUUUAGUUGUUAGAGGUUCAAAGAAAGGUUCAGAAGGUAAAAUUUCAUCUGUCUACAGAUUAAAAUUUGCUGUCCAAGUUGAUAAAGUUCAAAAAGAAAAAUCAAAUGGUGCUUCAGUUCCAAUCAAUUUACACCCAUCAAAAGUUGUUAUCACUAAAUUACAUUUAGAUAAAGAUAGAAAAGCUUUAAUUGAAAGAAAAGGUGGUAAAUUAGAAUAA